AUGUUACAGGUCAGUAGUUCAGGUGAAAAGGAGCGAUGGCUGCAGCUGCUGCGGGACGGAGCUGCCCAUCAGGGUCACCAUGACAACAGCACAGCAGAGCACCCAGGUGGAGCUCUCAGCGGGCUGCAGACGAGGAGGUUUCCCACCUCCAACACCUACAUGGACGACCCCUUCCAUCUGGGUGGAACAGGCCGAGACCAGCCCAUCUACUCCAACACCUCCAUACUGGAGCACAUGCUCCACAGCUCUCAGGAUUCAGUUCGCUGCAGCUCCAUAUCGUCCAGAGACUCAGUGACCUACAGCAACACCGUCUUCACCACACACAACAGGAAGGUGGGUGAGAUGGAGCGAAGCAUUCAAAAGCUGGAGCUGACCGGGAAGAAGGGGGUGCAGCUGCGGGCGGGGUCAGAGAUAAACCUGGCGUCUGCCGGGAAGCAAAACAAACGCACCUCUUUCAGACAGUCGCUGGCCGUCUGCACCGAGCGCGCUCAGGCGGGUUUCCUCAGUCCUCUGCUGCGACGAACGGCCUCGGCUAAAACCUCUCUGAGACGAGCUCCUUCAGCACUGUUCAUCGAGCACGGGAAGGUUUUCGAGAGGAGGAAGGAAUGGGAGACCAAAGCUGCUGCCUGACACCGACCGUCCAAUCAUCACAUGCCAGCAAUCACACACACACACACACACACACACACACACACACACACACACACACACACACACACACACACACACACACACACACACACACACACACA